AUGCCCAAGCUGCGAGUAGCCGUUUACAGGAAGCCCGCGGCCUCUUCCCCGCCCUGGCCCGCGCUCCGGAGCCGCCUGGCCGGCGGCGGAGCGAGGGCCGGGCGAGGCGCGGGCCGGGCGGCAGGGCGCUCGGGCCCCGCGACGGCACGACGGAGCCCCCGCACGGCCGGCGGCAGUCGGGUGGCGGCUGGACCGGGACCCCGUAGCGGGAAGCGGCGGCGGCGGGGCGGCGGCGGCGGCGGCGGGGGCGGCGGCGCCAUGGAGCCGCGGGAGGUGAAGGACCGGAUCCUGGAGAACAUCUCGCUGUCGGUGAAGAAGUUGCAGAGCUACUUUGCCGCCUGCGAGGAUGAGACGCCUGCCAUCCGGAACCACGACAAGGUCCUGCAGCGCCUGUGCGAGCACUUGGACCACGCCCUGCUGUAUGGACUGCAAGACCUCUCAUCUGGCUACUGGGUGCUCGUGGUGCAUUUCACCCGGAGAGAGGCCAUCAAACAGAUCGAGGUGCUGCAGCACGUGGCCACCAACCUGGGGCGCAGCAGGGCCUGGCUAUACCUGGCGCUCAACGAGAACUCUCUGGAGAGCUACCUGCGGCUGUUCCAGGAGAACCUGGGUCUGCUGCACAAAUACUACGUCAAGAAUGCCCUGGUCUGCAGCCACGAUCACCUGACUCUCUUCCUGACCUUGGUGUCUGGGCUGGAGUUCAUUCGAUUUGACUUGGAUCUGGACGCCCCUUACUUGGACUUGGCCCCCUACAUGCCUGACUACUACAAACCUCAGUACCUGCUGGACUUCGAAGACCGCCUCCCCAGCUCCGUGCAAGGUUCGGACAGCCUGUCCCUCAACUCCUUCAACUCCGUCACCUCCACCAACCUGGAGUGGGAUGACAGCGCCAUUGCCCCAUCCAGCGAGGAUGGAGACCUCACAGACACUGUCAGCGGGCCCCGCUCUACCGCCUCGGACCCGACCAGCAGCAAGGCUUCCACCAAGAGUCCCACCCAGCGCCACAACCCUUUCAGUGAGGACCAGGCAGAGACCGUGUCCUCCUCCGACACCACCCCUGUGCACACCACGUCCCAGGAGAAGGGGGAAUCCCGCACUCUUGACCUGCCAGACGCCUGCACGGAGCUGGAGGUCAUCAGGGUCACCAAGAAGAAGAAAACCGGCAAGAAGAAGAAGACCAGAUCGGAUGAGGAAGCUAGCCCGCUUCACCCCUCCUCCAGCCAGGACAGCUGCGCCAGGCGGGGCGAUGGUGACAGCCUCGUCAGCAGCCCAGGCCUUGGGCGGGCCUCACCGGACGCUACCUUCACUUCCCCCCAGGAGGAGGGAGAGGGGCCCAGCGGCACAGCUGAGAGCAGCGAGCUCCCGGAGCCGGGCCAGAUGGGUCUGCUCAUCCCCGAAAUGAAGGACACCUCCAUGGAGCGCUUGGGGCAGCCCCUGAGUAAGGUCAUCGACCAGCUCAACGGGCAGCUGGACCCCAGCGCCUGGCGCUCCCACAUCCAGUCCCCAGACCAGUCCUUUCGGACCGGCUCUCCCGGGGAUGCCCCGGAGAAGCCGCCAUUUUGCGACUUUAGUGAGGGGCUUCCAGCCCCAAUGGACUUCUACCGCUUUACCGUCGAGAGUCCAAGCGCUCUUACAUCAAGUGGCAGCAACCAUGACCCUGCAGGGCCUGGCCAACCGCUGCAUGUUCCUGGUGGCCCUGCGACUGCUGGCCAAGAAGAGGGAGGAGGAAGAAGAGAGGGACAGGCACCUGGGCCCCUAGAGGACACCCCGGGGGAAGCCCGGGAGCCAGAGACCCGGGGCCUGGAGACGCAGUUGCCCCCUGCGGGUGACGGACCUGUGCCCGAAGCAGAGCCCGGGACCCACGAGGCUCUCUGCCAGCUCAAGCGAGACCAGCCCAGCCCGUGUCUGAGCAGCGCUGAGGACUCGGGGGUGGAUGAGGGGCAGGGGAGCCCUUCUGAGAUGACCCACUCGGCAGAGUUCAGGGUAGACAACAAUCACUUACUCCUGCUGAUGAUCCACGUGUUUCGAGAAAACGAAGAGCAGCUCUUCAAAAUGAUCCGGAUGAGCACCGGGCACAUGGAGGGCACCCUGCAGCUGCUGUACGUGCUGCUCACAGACUGCUAUGUCUACCUGCUCCGGAAAGGGGCCGCGGAGAAGCCAUACCUGGUGGAAGAGGCAGUUUCUUACAACGAACUUGACUAUGUGUCGGUGGGCCUCGACCAGCAGACGGUGAAGCUGGUGUGCACCAACCGCAGGAAGCAGUUUCUGCUGGACACGGCUGACGUGGCCCUGGCUGAGUUCUUCUUGGCUUCUUUGAAGUCCGCCAUGAUCAAAGGCUGCCGGGAGCCACCUUACCCCAGCAUCCUGACUGAUGCCACCAUGGAGAAGCUGGCACUGGCCAAAUUCGUGGCCCAGGAAUCUAAGUGUGAGGCCACCGCUGUCACCGUGCGCUUCUACGGGCUUGUGCACUGGGAGGACCCCCUGGAUGAGUCCCUGGGUCCAGUGCCCUGCCACUGCUCACCCCCUGAGGGCGCCAUCACCAAAGAAGGCAUGCUGCAUUACAAGGCGGGCACCUCCUACUUGGGCAAAGAGCACUGGAAGACUUGCUUCGUGGUCCUCAGCAACGGGAUCCUCUACCAGUAUCCUGACCGCACAGAUGUCACCCCUCUGCUCUCUGUGAACAUGGGGGGGGAGCAGUGCGGUGGCUGUCGGAGAGCCAACACCACGGAUCGGCCCCACGCCUUCCAGGUCAUCCUCGCCGACCGGCCCUGCCUGGAGCUGAGCGCGGACAGCGAGGCCGAGAUGGCCGGCUGGAUGCAGCAGCUCUGCCAGGCCGUGUCCAAAGGGGUCAUCCCCCAGGGGGUGACCCCCAGCCCCUGCAUCCCCUGCUGCCUGGUGAUUACCGAUGACCGCCUCUUCACCUGCCACGAGGACUGCCAGACCAGCUUCUUCCGCUCCCUGGGCACAGCCAGGCUGGCCGACAUCAGUGCCGUCUCCACGGAACCCGGCAAGGAGUACUGUGUCCUGGAGUUUUCCCAGGACAGCCAGCAGGCUCUGCCCCCCUGGGUCAUCUACUUGAGCUGCACAUCUGAACUGGACCGAUUCCUGUCUGCGCUGAGCUCCGGGUGGAAAACCAUCUACCAGGUGGACCUCCCCCACAAGGCCACCCAGGAAGCCUCCAGCAAGAAGUUCGAGGAUGCCCUGAGCCUCAUCCACAGCGCCUGGCAGCGGAGCGACAGCCUGUGUCGGGGCAGAGCCUCCCGGGACCCCUGGUGCUGAGGCGGAGCUGGCCGGCACCCCCCCACCCCCCGCGGGCCAAGAAAGGCGAGCGGAGCAGCACACGCAGUGGCCCGCUGGGGCACCAUGCCGCUUGGGGCCUGGCUUCCACCCCUGUUCCACAGCCCACUCCCACCCUGGGGGACAGAACCACCGACCGGGGCCUGAGACGGGGUCUCUCCCCUCCCAGGGAUCCAGAAUGGGUGCUCCGCACACCCCUGGGCAUCCUGCCUGGCCAGUGGUGCCCGGAGAGUGCUGCUGGGGCGGAGGGUCUGAGCCCUAUGGGCUCUGUGUACGCGGCACAUCCGGAUGUAUCUGCGUCUCUUCAGGACGGCAGUGAGAAUAGUAUCAGCUUUGAGGGGAGCGGAAGGACCGAGAAGGCAGCAGUCCCCUCUUCCUCUCCCGAGUGAGAGGUCUGGGCGGAGACCCGGCCAUCCUUGUUCAUUUUUGAACGUUCAGCCGGCUGUGCAGGGAGGCCGGGCACUAAGGUCUCGGUGCAUGUUUCCUCCUCGCUAUCUCCGGCCCCCGGCACACUGCUGCCUGCCUCGCCAGGGCCCACAGCCGCGGGCAGGGGCAGGGGCCGGGCCGGCCCUCCCUGGCUGCCCAGCGGCCCCGCAUGUCCACGGCCCCCUGCCCCUGUCUCUCCCCAAACCGCAGCGGCUGGAGGACCCGGGAGGACCCGGGAGGACCCAGGAGGACCCAGGAGGCAGGCUGUUUCCGUUUGCAGGGAGCAAAGGGGAGGGAGGAGGGCUCGGAGAGGAAUGGAGCCCACCAGCCUGGCGUCCCCGUGGGUGCCUCCUGACCAUCCCCUGCUUGGCUGGAUCCGGGCCCUUCUGGAGAGUUUUAUCAAGGGCCCGCCGGGGGAAGGGGUCAGAUGGUCUGGGUUUUGUUUGUUGUUUCUUUUCUUUUUUUUUUUUUUUAAAUAAAAUAGACACGUUAUAUUGCCAAGA